AUGGAAAAAGAAGUACGACAAUUAAAUGAUCUAUUGAAGAUACUUAUUGAUGUUAGUGACAAAGCAGAGUUAUUACGUUCAAAAAUAGAACAAUUCAAGCAAGAAGACAUACGUUUGUAUCGUUUUCAUCAAAGACUAAUUGUUAAGAUCGCAAACAUUUGUAUCGCUCUCGAAGCCAUAGCAAGUGGCAAGGUGGAUCCAUCUAGCGGUGGCGGUAAAUUGAAUACAAGUGCAAUGGUGUUUGAAUUACUCGGUCAAACAUUAUCACUUGUACCGAUGUUCGGCAGUGCGCCAGGACAAGUUGGUGCAGUAGUCAGCUCUGUGCUAAAUUAUAUUGACAAAAUUCGUCAAAUAAAUAUAGCAACACGUAUUGCUAAUAUGUUUACUAUGUUCGACAUGUGGCAUAUAACACAAGAGAUGACGAUCAAAUUAACUGAAAUGUAUCAUUUUCAAAUUUCAAAAAUAUCUGCUGAAACGAAAUAUCCAAUAGAAGCGACAGAACCAGAGUCAGAUUCUCAAAAGAAAAAUUGUGCAUUAUAUUGCUGUAAGAUAGAAUCAAUACCGCACAAAAUAACAGCAAAAGAGAAAUCAUACAUGAAUGAACAAGUAGCUGAGUUUGGUGUCGCUCUCUUACUAGACGGCAUCAGCGUCAAAUGUGUGAAUGCUGAGGAUCAGACCGACUUAAGUACCCAAUUUGUCAAAUGUGUGUGCACUGGUGAAGAUUUUGGACUGCUUUCCUUUUUCAAAGAUCCAGAAAUAGAAACAAUAGAUAAAGAGAAGAAAUGGACUAUGUAUGGGUUUUUUCGGAAAAUUGGCAUUAAAACGAAAGAACAUGAUCAAUAUGGAGGCGAAGUUGUCGAUACGAAUACGUACGGAUUUUGGAACGGCACAAAGCAAGAAGCAGAAGAACUUCAAUUAAAAUGA